AUGCCGCACAUCACCGUCACGGCUCCACCACCACUACACGACGAGCCACCGACCGCGACGAGCGGCGACGAAAAUCGGCUUUCGUCGUCGGCCUCGUCGUCGACCGCGACCACAACCACGGCAGGAGCAGCGGCAGACGCCCAGUCGACCGCACAGCUCACCGUCCCUGUCGAGGCCUACGUCCGACCGGGCACCAACCGCGAGCGCUCACCGUCGGCCGUCACCCUCCCCGAGACGACCAUCCUCAACCCGGACCAUCCGCCUCGGCUCGACACGUUCCACUUCGGCGUCAAGGGACCGCUGCUGUACCUGUGCUUCCUCCUCGUCUUCAACGUCGCCAUUCCUUGUAUCCUCUUCUACGUCCUGCGCGACAACACGCCCAUCAGCGACAAGGAGCUCAUCGGCAUUGGUUCGGCUGCGCUCGGCGCAUCGUCGUGCUUCGACGCUCCGUUCCGCAUGUGGCGCCUCACCCGUCACCGCGCCAAGUACGGCCCGCUGCACUACCCGUUCGCGCCCGACCCGGCCUUUGAGCGCGCGGGCAAGCGCUGGCUCCCCAAGGACAUGCCGCGCUCGUGGUGGUACCUCGACGCGACCAUGUGGAUGUACCAGGCCGGCCUCUUCUCAAUGGCCGUCCCGCUCGCGAUCGCGCCCGCCAUCCCGCUCUUCAACUUUUACCUGUUCUCGCUCGCGAUGCUCGUCAUCCCCGUCAUGAUCCUCUUCACCGUGUCGCUCAAAGUGUGGCGCGUCCCGUUCUGGCUCUCGUCCGACCCGCCUUGCACGCCGUCCAAGCCGGCCGUCUACUACGCCCUCGAGGACUGCGGGGCGGUCGAUUUCCAACACGGGCGCGAGUGGAGGAAACGGUGCCAGGCUCGGUACGCCGCCUCGCCGCCGUUCCGCGCCAUGAUGUGGAACCAGACGCUCCUGUGGGCCGUCGGCAUGGCCAUCUUUGUCGGCGUCACGGCCGCCGUCGACUGGACUGCCGACCUCGAAUUCGCGUUUGGGUUCGUCCUCGGCCUCUUUUUCAUCUGGGCCCUCUGCUGGGGCGCCCUCUCGUACCUGCACGUGCACGUCUCGCUCCAGCGCGAGCUCGAGUGGUGGCGCGCCGAGUACGCCACGACGGUCGUCAAUGCGCUCGUGCCGCACGACGACGAGGACGAGCGGGAUGCGGGGAGUGUGGGCGGGGCGGGCGCGAGGGCGAGGAGAGAGGGGGCGGCGGGGGUCGAGCUGGGCGGCGCCGCCACGGGGUGGCGCAAGGGAGCGCGCACGAGGGGCUACUCGGUCCAUGCCAGGCUCGAGGUGCCGCCCCAGGCAGAGAUGGCCCAACUGCGCCGCACCCCGUCGCUCCUCGGCGGCGGCGGCGGCGACCGGGCCACCACCGCCGACGCGCGAGUCGUCUGA